AUGAGUAACCGGAACCCUAAUACUUUGAUGAGCGUUCCCGAUGAACAGUUUGACUACUUAUUUAAAAUUGUACUUAUUGGUGAUUGCGGUACAGGAAAAACAUGUAUUGUGCAACGACUGAAAUCUGGGAAUUUUAUAGAAAGGCACGGAAAUACAAUAGGCGUAGACUUUUCGAUGAAAACAUUGAUUGUUGAUGGCAAAAAGGUCAAGCUUCAGAUAUGGGAUACUGCUGGACAGGAGCGAUUUAGAACAAUCACGCAAAGUUAUUAUCGCUCAGCAAACGGAGUAAUUAUAGUCUAUGACAUAACAAAAAGAUCUACUUUUUUAUCUUUACAAAAGUGGAUAGAAGAAGUAAGGCGGUACACUUCAUCUAAUGUUAUUGUCUCAUUAAUUGGAAACAAAUGUGAUCUGACAGACCAACGAGAAGUGGAGCCUGAUGAACCAAAGUCUUUCUGUCGUUACAUUCCUGAAAUAAUGUUUGUAAUGGAAACAUCUGCUAAAGAUAAUACUAAUGUUGAAGAUACAUUCCGUAGUUUAGCUACAGAGUUAAAGAGACAACAUGAUAACAGUGAAGGUCCACCUGCUGAGCCUGAUUCAGUUGUUCUUGGUGAGAGUCAUUCUGUUACUAGAUGUCAACCUUGCCGUUCAUCUUAG